AGGAGAUAUCACGCGCAGGUUUAACUACAUCCUUUUGCACCGACACGACAGUGUGGGUUCUCUCGCCUUCCUCCUCCCUGCGUUCAUGUAGCGACCAUCAGCAAUGACAAUGGCCAGUGUGUACCUCCUCGACGUGAGUUAUUCCACGUCGCCCUCCCUGCACUCCAGUGGGGACGCACCGCACCCUUCCCACGGUACAUUGCCCCUGUCGUGGUGGUGCGCAGGCGAGCUGGCGCAGUGGAGUUCAACGGUGGCUCUCCAUGACGCGUGGGCCGCGGCGUCGCGGCGGAGCCUCCCUUCUCCAGUUCGUCGUACUGCCACCGCCAACGCCUGUGAUCGCUCAUCCUACAUCUCCUUCAACAGCGAUGAUGAUGGUGGUGAUCACAGUGACGCAUCUUUAGUGGGUAGAGGCGUUGAAGCAGCAUCGACCUCGCCUCUCUACCAUUUCUGCUCCUUUCCGUCUGCGGUGUCCAUUCAAAACAAGUACUUCAGCACCACACUGAGCCUCAUCACCGGCUAUGCGGCACCGGCGUUGAAAUUGUGCUCCCUUCCCACAUCGAUCCAGCACGAUAUCACCGCCGCGCUCGCACAGGCGAUGCACCCCACCUCUUCCGAGGGUGUGCAGCGCAGCUACGGAGGGGUGUUGUUGGUGGAGGUGCGGCAAGACCCUGCAGAGGUGCCGUGGCAUGUGUUGUCGCGCCAUGACGGGUGCCUCUUCCGUGUCGUGAUGGUGUUUCUGGAGGACUUCGACGGUGUGGAGGAGGUCGGACUAACAGCGAUGACAUGCGAGACCGCCGCAGCCGCUCCAUCGUCGCUUCCCGAGGGCCUCAAAGGGGGUCGAAAGGGCGGUGAGAAGAGAAGCGCAGGCGUUGAUGUGCGCAGCCCGUCCGCGGCACAGAGAGAACGUUGGCGGUACUUUGCGGUGGAGAACGGGUAUGAAUGCGUUUUCCACUCCUCCGUUGCAGCUCCCCACGCGGACGCGGCGGCGCUGAUGGAGGUCGUGACGCCGGUGGCGGGACGCCGUGGUCUGCUCGAGACCCCUUUGCACGGCUCCAACCGCCUUUACCAGCUUCUCUGCAACACCCUGUGGCCCGCUGGUGUGCGUCGCAACCGCGGCGAAACAGAAGGGAGCUCGAUGGACACCCAUCAGACGGCACCACAGAAACCGGAUUCGGCUUGCAGGAAUGCGUUUGUUGUUGUAGGCAACAGUGCACACGCGAUGGAGAGUCUUUUCGAAGAGGCCGCAGCGCCAGACCGAGCGCGGACGCGGCGGCAGCAGCGCUUCUUUACGAGGUUUGUCAGGACGCAUGCAGGCGGCGAUGGCGGUGGCGGUGAUACAAAUUUCACCUCCGCAAAACACAGCGCCUCUUCGACAUCCACGGCGACCACGAACAGUCCGGCUUGCGGCCCUCCUGGCACAAGCGAUGGUGCAUCGCACGCUGCACUCGUGCUGGUGAACAAGUAUUACGCCGCGGUGGUGCAGCCGCAGCUGCUGCAGACUGCUUUCUUCAGUGUCUCGAUGCAGGACAUGCUGGAGCGUUACUGGGAGCAGCACUUCACCGUCGACGACUCUCCUCAGCGGUUGUGCGCUGAUGCCCCCGCCAUGGUGCUGUGGCCACCCAGCCCCUCACUGUCCUCCGUCCAUGCGGCCCAACAGGCGGACACGAGUGGAGAUGCGCUGCUGCUGGAUGGACGGAGCGCCUACCCAUCUCUCGAGUCGAUUCUCGAUGCGUUGAGGCGCCGUGGAGCGAGUGAGAUCGUUGUCGUCACCCCCGUGCACGCCGCCUUCUACGCGCCGAGGGGGCAGAGGCAGGCACCUCUUUCGUUGAACGCGUACGAGCUGAACGUGUGUGCAGAACGCACCGUCGAGGUGGUCGACCUCAACGCGCUGCACAAUGCAGCGGACAUCGUUGAAGGCGCACCGCCCACCCCAGUCCUCCUCGACGAAGACGACGUGUGCGCCACGCGCGCCGUGGAUCGACUGGCAGAAAUUCUGCAUUGUGUUCAGUGGGAUCGCAGCUAUCCCCUCUCCUCCGAACGGCCCAACAACACGAGGAAAAGCCCUGCUGCAGGGGGUACGCAGCAAAGAGACUCCUCAUCGAAUUCCUGCUUGCUGCUUGCCUACGGCCUGGACGCUUUUCAAGAAGAAGCGUGGAUGUGCGACGUAGUACACGCGCUGCGGUCGACGCACGGGCCCGGUACCGAGCCGAUAGCGCCGCUGUCGUCCGACAGGCACUACCUCGUGGCCGCCGCACCCUCCAUUGCAACCGCGUUGGAAGCUGCACCGCCUUCAUCGGCCAACACGCACGUACCGUCGUGCGCCAUCACGCUCACCAACGCGUACUUUACAACCCAAGUGCAACUGCAUUUAGUCGGAGGUCUUUGGGCGCACUUCCGCGCUGUCUCGACGGCAGACGCGUGCCUUUCGCACAUCGCACCCCGACCUUCUCUGCGGCCAGAUUGGCAGACGUCCUACGACGGCUACGUCGUUUUGGCAAGCCUGCACGCGUUACACAAGGCAGCGUCCAACGCCUCCAGCGCGCCGCGUGCAUCCGCUGCGACGUCGGCAGAGCUGCACCAUGUGCUUCCUGUCAUGGUGCAGAAAGCGAUGGAGUGGUGGUCGACGCAGCGGACGAGUGACGCAGCGAGGUGUGCGGACGAAUCGGCCGACACGCCGCUGGUGGCGAUUUACGUGCCUGACGUGGCCGUCUCCAACGCACGGGGGACCGCAUUGGUGGACGAAUACCUCCGCGCCAUCGUCAAGGCAGCACACACCAGCGACAGCGAAAACGGAGAGAACGAGGAACAGGAAGAAGACUUCUUUAUGCCAAUUGAAGUCAUCCUUGCUGCUGAGACGUGCAGCAACGUGGCGACGACGACGGAUGCGUGGGACGACACGUCCGUGGACGGGCUGCUGCGUAUUCGAGAGGCCUUUGAUCAGCAGCUGUGGCCGCAUCGUGCACCAGCCCCUCCAAAAAGUGAUAUUUCGGACAUGAAAGCAGCCGCCGUCGCGGGUGGAAAGCUGUCCGGUGGAGCGGAAGGUGUGAAUGCGGAGAACGUAUGCGUCCCUCUACCAACGAGCGCAGCGGCACCAUCGAGAGGAGUUGGCAGCUCCUCUUAUUCUUCAUCAUCUUCUGUUCCCCCUGCACGUGCGGCCACGCGAGACACAAUGUGGAUCGCCCCAGCUGUUGGAUGCACGCUUCCUCCGGGCUUCCUCGUUGAUCCGGAGACGUUGAGAAGCGUUGCCCUUCAAUCGGUCGUCAAGACCACCGCCCCUGCGCAGAGCACGACGCACGGCGCUUUGACGUCAUCGAGGCACGCAGCAACGCCGGCUGAAGCAGCUUCUCCGGGCGCAAUUCACACAGCAAGCACACACGAUGCGGCGACUCUGUCGUCGACCAGCGAUGGAACAGGAACUCGAAACAUUCCACGGCCGCCUCCCCCGCCCCUUCCUCAUUCGGUGACGGAGGAAGAAUUGAUGGCGUGGAUGGAGAAGAUGAAGAGGUACGGCCAUCGUCUGGGCGAGACGCAGCGAAAAGAGCAAGCCGCGACGCUGGCGCUUGCAUUGGAGAACUUGCUUUGA